CAUCUGAAAUCAGAAGUUUAUUUGUUAAACAUAGGUAUGUACAUACAUCUAUCUAUACUAAUACUAAUAUUAUAAAGCUGAAGAGUUUGUUUGUUUGUUUGAACGCGGUAAUCUCCGGAACUACUGGGCCGAUUUGAAUAAUUCUUUGUGUUGGGUAGUGCAUGUAUCGAGGUAGGUUUAUACGCUAUAAAACAUCACGCUAUGACCGAUAGAAGCCAAGCAGAGCGGGUGAAACCGCGCGGAAGUAGCUAGUACAUAAUAAAGUUCUUACAGAUUAAAAGAAGAGAAACUACAUGAUAGAUAACUUACUGACCAACAAACCAUCCCGUUCCUACUCCUGCUUUUUGAGCCGAACCCUGGUAACACGCUAGGCAGUCCGCAGCUCCGGAUCAUAAAAUUUAGGUAGGUGGUACACCCUACCAACAUAUAAUUUGGUCGACGGUUUUUUUAAGUCUUACAUGUAAUUGACUUAGUUAUGACAAAACGUUGGUUUGGAGUGGCGGUCAGUGGGUCAUGUUAGGGACACGGGCGCUUGAAAGUCAUUGGGGAUUCGGGAGAUUAUAACUUUGGUUUACAUUCUGACAGUGACUAUGAUACUUCUGAAGUAUUAUUUGUAUGUGUUUUGUACCGUCUAUAAAAUUUUAUUUUUCCUUAAGUGCAUUUGGUCAAACCAAGCUGCUAGAUUUAAGAAAUCCGGACAAAGCGCAACAAAUUGCAACAAUCGUUAACAUUGACGUUGUUCGUACCUACUAUGUGCAACCUACCUCUGUAAGGAAAUAUUGUUGAGUUUGUUCAAUACAAAAUAUAACGUACACAUCCUGCUACUUUCGAGGGUGAUCUGAUCCUUAGUUCCUUAUCCUAGAAAUAUGUAUUAGGUACUUUUAUGCGUUGUGUUAGUUUGUGUUUCAGCCCGCAGUGCCAGCAGGCUGCAGCGGCCGCGGCGCGGUGCAGCGGCGGCUUGCUCAAUGCGCGCCAAACAAAAGUGGAGGCAGAGCGCGCGCGCGCCCAGUAACCACACGGCAGUCGCGAGGCACGCACGCGACCUCCGCAUCCCGCGCACUCUCUACUCGUGUCGUGUCUACCAGUGUGUCGCCGCGAUGACUCCCGCGGCGGCCAUCGCGCUGCUCCUCAUCGGCGGCGCAUGCGCGCAGGUGCAGUACUUCGGCAAGGAGAUGGGCGCGCUGUCGCAGCUGCAGCACGGCGUGCGCGGCCGCGUGUUCGCGGUGGACGCGCGCACGCUCUACCUCAAGGACUUCCACUACGACGGCGAGGGCCCCGCGGCGUACUUCUACGUGGGCGCGAGCGGGGCGCCGAGCGCGGGCGUGGCGGGCGCGGUGCGGCUGCGCGACGAGCGCGGCGGCGCCGGCCCGCUGCGCCGCUACUCCGGCGACAGCAUCACGCUCUCGCUGCCCGACGGCAAGACGCUGCGCGACUACCGCUGGUUCGCCGUCUACUGCGACGAGUAUGCGGUGAACUUCGGCGACGUGAGGAUCCCGGCGGACAUGGAGUACCCGCGGCCCGCCAAGGUGGCGCCGCUGCGGGGCGUGCACGGCGUGUCGUCCGACCCCGUCGUGGUGGUGGACGCGCAGACGCUGCUCGUGCCCAACUUCUCGUACGACGGCGAGGCGCCAGACGCCAAGUUCUGGGUGGGCCGCGGCGACAAGCCGUCCCCGCAGGGCAUCCGCAUCCCCGACGAGAACGGCAAGGAGGUGCCGCUGCGCAAGUACGACAAGAAGACCAUCGUGCUCACACUGCCCGGGGAGCUGACGGUGUUCGACAUCGGGCACUUCGCGGUGUGGUGCGAGGCGUUCACGGUGAACUUCGGGCACGUGACGCUGCCGCGCGCCGCGCUGGCCAACGUGCCGCCCAGCCUCAAGAUGCUCGGCGUCUCGCCGCAGGUACGUGGCCGCACUUACUGCUUUACAUUGCAUUUAUAUUGUAUGACAUGACACAUUGAGCUAGGU